ACUUAUGUCCUCAAGUUAUUUCUACAAAUACGUAUGAAAAUAUCGCGAGACACACAAAUAAUAAGAUAUAAAACAUGAUUGAUAUAUAUGAGUUUUGGAAAAAGCGAAUUAUUUGUGAAAAUAUCAAUUGAAAUUGAAGUACUUAUCAUCAUAGAGACUAGGCGUGUCAUAACGUGAUAAUCCAGCAUACUUUAAUUUUUAUGAUACUCAAGAAAAAUGAAUGAUGUCAAUAGUUUGAAAGUCAUGUAAAUUUUGAACGUAAACUGUUUCAGUUGCCUUUAUCCUACGAGUCAAUAAAGGAAAGCCAAUCGCUUUUAAUCUAUCUGUUGAUUAAAAUUCGCCUGUGGCAGUAUGGCGGGAGAUGGACAAAUUUGCUCAAGUACUGUACUUGAAGAAACAUUUUACAUAACAUCAAAGAAAAACACAUUCUAUCGUGUAAAACUUACUGAAAAGGGUUUAAGUUUGCAAAAGGAGAGCAAUGGUUCCACCAAGACUGAGACAAUAGCUUUGAACGACAUAAUAGGCUGUCGAUGUAUGUGCUCAAAAAAGCGUAGUGCUGAUAGUUGUGCCUGUCGUCCUGGAGCUUCCAAGAUACAACUGAGGGUUGUUGAAUCAACAGAGAAUUUCCUGCCAUACGAUGAAUAUGAUACUUCAGCAUACCUUUAUAUCUAUGCAUAUAUUUUGAAGAAGGCACGAGUGAAAGGUGCAAGAAGACGCGAGAGAACGACAAUCACAUUACGUUUUCGAAGUUUUGAUAAGUAUGAGGAUAACUUGAGAGAGGCAAGUAGAUGGAGAUUGGCAAUAAAAUGUCUAGUUGCCAGAAUGCCUGUGCCAAAGAUGCUAAUGAGCCCCACUCAUGGUAAUUUAGAAUCAUUACUAAAUGCUUGCCCUGGUGAGCAAAAGAAGUUGCUAGUACUUCUGAAUCCAAAAUCUGGGCCUGGACGGGGUAGAGAGACUUUUCAACGAAGAAUCCAUCCAAUACUUUCUGAGGCAGAACGGCAUUAUGAUAUUCAUAUCACAAAAUAUCCAAAUUAUGCUCGUGAAUUUGUUCGCACGAAAGAUAUAUAUCAAUGGUGUGGUAUACUUGCUGUUGGUGGAGAUGGUAUUCUCUUCGAAGUUAUUAAUGGAAUUUUCGAGAGGCCUGAUUGGGAGAAAGCAGUCAAAGAGUUACCCCUAGGUGUAAUACCCUGCGGAUCUGGGAAUGGCUUAGCAAAGUCCAUAGCACAUGCUAAACAGGAGCCAUACGAUCCUAACCCGAUGCUAAUCAGUGCUCUGUCAGUAGUCAAAAGCAAAAAAACACCAAUAGACUUAAUACGUAUAGAAACAAGAAGUCAAAUAAUGUUUUCAUUUCUCUCUGUUGGCUGGGGUUUUUUGGCUGAUAUUGAUAUAGAGAGUGAACGUCUUCGUGUCAUUGGCGGUCAGAGAUUCACAGUAUGGAGCGUAGCACGUCUUAUUGGGCUACGUACCUACAAAGGCAAAGUUUCAUAUCUCCCUUGUGAAAAAUUACCCCUGUCUGAGAGUAAUGAGAGCCUUUAUGAACAGGAUCAUAUAGAUGAUGGGAAGAUUUCACACUCUAGGAGUUACGGCGAUGAGUUAGAUCGUAUUCUCAGAUAUGGGAGUGUUAGGGAGUCCAGGAGUUACCAUGAUGCACUAGACAGUAAUUCUAAUGGCGCAGAGAGUGGAUCUAAUGAUUUUGAUGAUGAAGAUGAAGUGAUAACCGAAAGUCUUUCUUUGGAAACCGAAAAGCAAAGUAGGCAUAGACUGGACAGUUUCUAUUCUGCAACUUCUAGAAAGUCAACCUACUUUAGCGCCGGUGCAAUGUCAAGUUAUCAUAGCGUUAAUGAAUCUGAUGGCAUCGGACAAUGUGCUGAAAAUACCGACAAUCGAAUCAUUUACGGUCCCCCCGGCAAGACACCGGCUUUGACGGCUCAGCUUCCAAGUACAUGGAUUCAAAUUAAAGGAAACUUUGUAAUGGUGCAUGCAGCUUACCAAACGCACUUGGCGCAAGAUUGUUUUUUUGCACCACGUGCUAGAUUAGCUGAUGGUGUCAUCUGGUUACUUAUUGUGAGAGCGGGUAUCACCAGAGCAAAUUUGCUUCAAUUUCUACUGGGUCUAAGUAGUGGGACUCAUCUAACAUGCUCUGGAGUGGAAAUGAUUCCAGUACAAGCUUUUCGUAUAGAACCGGAAGUUAAUGGUCCUAUAGGUCAUUUAACUGUGGAUGGAGAAGAAGUGGAUUAUGGACCUCUUCAGGCUGAAGUAUUUCCGUCUCUGGCAACAGUCAUGACUCCGUGAUAUGAUCAUUGAAUAACUUCAGUGAGUCAAAGAUCCAGGUACUUGAAUCAAAACAGUGAAAGCAAUCAUUGAGAAAAAUGCGGAAUAUGAUUGUCUUUAGAAUUUAUAGGAUCCCUUAAGUCAUAAAUCGUGUCAGGGACCUAACAAUGAAUAGUGAAAAUUCAAUUAGAAGUGGCUAGAACCAUCGCAUCAAAGAAUCACUCAGGAUUCACUUUAUCAGCCAUGAAUAAAAUAAAGUAGGUUCAAUGCGGGCUGAUUAAUAAAGUCACUUUCUAUUUUUAAACAUAAUUUUUAUAAGUUACUAAAUCUUCAGAUAAAUGAAACAUAAUGAAUGGUUGUAAAAUAUCAUAGAAUUUAUUUUUAUUAUUUCAUUGAUUCAUUCCAAUUGCUCAUGAUCAUAACUUUUCUACUUAUCAAAAUGGGAAGUGACUAUUAUCAUCCUACUUAUAUUAGCGCUCAAUAAAUAUAGAAAUGUUUAAUAAUCCAUUUUAAAUAAAAUGAUGCCCAACGACAAAACAGAAUUAUUAAAUUUAUCUUUAGUCGUUUGGGUAUCCGCAUUUGAAGAUUGUUUCAAACAUUCCUCUAUUAAAAUUAUUUCGAUUAAACGAAUUAAAGAGCAAGAAAUGAAACAUUAACGACUAGAUUUUAAGGUUGUAAGAACACGAUCUACGAGUUCAAUGUCUUUUUUUUGCACGUCGUAAGCAAUGUAAUUCUUAACAAAUCACACACGGUUUUCCAUAGACGAACGUAAAUAUAUGUUGAGACAGAACAAUAAAAUAUAUUUAGUGCAAAACCAUGUAGGUGCACACUUUGUAAAAAACAUAUUAUGUAGUGAUACGUGCACCUUCAUAGAGAUGUUAUUGGUUUCGACGUGUCAAAAAAACACAUCGAACUCAGGGACCGACUAUACGUUAUUCUAUUGAUACUUAGAAAAGAUGAGUAAAUGCGUAUUUACGCGGUAAAUCGGCACUUCAUAGUGAGUUAUGCCGACUGAGCUUCUAUAAUUUCACUUUAUUAAUAUUUAUACCCACAAUCCAACAAAUAAAUCACAAUACUAUUCUAUUUCGUUAUUUCACGUCGCACAUAUCAAAUAUUGUCAUUUCAACAAGUCAUUAUAGUUAUCAAUAAGAAUUAGAAAGAGAGAGAGCACUAUUUUGGUAAGAUUUUUGGUUCAGCUCGGCAACUUGAUACGACGUAAUUGUCCCAUCUUCUGUGUCUAAUCGUUAAAAAAAAGAAGAAAUAGAUUUAAAUAAAAAGGAGCUCCACGUGUGGAGCCGAUAGUUUAUCGAGUAUCUUGGAAGGAGAAUCUCAUUCCCUUCUAUUUUUUUCCAUUUUCUUCCAUCAGCCACUAUUCGUUGUAUUAAUGAUGAUUAUACAACAAAAUUAUACUUUAAAAAAUAUACUCUGCCCACACAUAUAGAGCCUCUUUUUUCAUGCUCAUUCGAUUGUCUUCGUACGGACACUAUAUGUUGAAUUAUUCUAGAAAAUAUAUACAAAAUAAUUUAAACAUUAAAGGCAUAUACAAGUAUUACGAAGUUGGUGCCAAGAUAAUAAGCCAGAGACAGUAUUUGGGUAGCAGUCUAUAAUAGGCUAGAAUGAUUUCUCGAGCUUUUAGAGAAUUCCUGUUAAAUAUUUGACUAAUUAUAGUAUUUUGUCAAGGCACGAAAUUCCAUGAAUUUCCUAAUGCGACAAAAAAUAUUUAGACCUCUGCCGAAUGUCGGUUCAUUUAUUAAUACUUGUUCCAGAAACCACGGCAGAUGCGCGAUUGUUGAUUUCGUAUGUUUAUAAUAGUGAUUGUUUUUCUUUUAAAUGAAGAUUCUAUUUACAAGAGAGAUCUAUAAAAAAUAUUAAUCUGAUGUUAUUGCGAAUAUUGCAAAAUAUUGUAGAAAUAAAAAUGCGUUUUUAUUGCA